AUGACGCCUUUAAGCAAUAACGACAACCUUCAAUUUAACUUUAUGGAAGAGAAGAAAACAAAUCCGUCUUUUAAGCGUGAAAUGAAAGUUUUUAAGGAGGAAAUGGAGGAGGAAAUUCAAGAAAUCAAAUCUGAACAUAAAAAAGAAAUUAAAAAUUUAGAACAAAACUUUCAACAAUCAAUUAAUGAGAAAAUUCUAGCAAAUAAUAAAGAAAUUAUUAAACAUUUGGAAAUUAAAUUUCAAAACAAAUAUGGCAAUAAAAUUUCUGCUUUAGAGCAAGAGAUUGUUGAAUUAAAACUUAAAUCGGAACAGAAAGAUAAUUUUAGUGUGAAUUUUGUUCAAAUUAAAAAUAAAUGGAGUAAAAUUCAGUAUGGUAAAUGUUGUGGAAAUGAGUGUAUAAAUACGGACAAACCCGUUGGUAAUUGUAUUGAAGGAAAUGGAUUUAUUAAUAUAAUUGAUGAUGAAACGAUUAAAUAUAUUAAUUGUGUUGGGGAAGGUGAAAAUAAAGCUGCUGGUAUUACCGCUGAAAAUAAAUUUAACAAACCAAUAGACGAUUCCAUAAAUUAUUCUCUGUUUUAUUUUGAAAUUAAAUGUAAAAUUGAGGGUGUGAAAAGUGGUGAAAACUAUAUGGUUAUUGGUCUUGGCAAUGAGUAUAGUGGGAUUUUCUUUGUUAUUGAUGCAGCCUUUAUUGGUUAUAAAUCUAUACACAAAAAAAUCAAAUUUAAACUUCCUAAAUUGUUUUGGAACGAUGGAGAUGUUUUUGGUUUUGGAUUAGUAUAUCCACCUAAAAUAAAUGAAUUACCUUAUGUAUUCUUUACUCAAAAUGGAAAAUUAAUUGGUAAAUCUUUAUUAUUGAAAAACCAUUAUCGUGACAGUUAUGAAAUUUUCGUCCAUCUAAAACGUUGUUCUAUUGAAACCAACUUUGGAAAUGAUUUGAAGGCUAAACCAUUUGUUUAUAAUAUUAACGAGCAUUUAGCGCCGAAGGAGUUUUAUAUUAAUUCUGCUGGUUCUAUUAUUGACAAUUCUCUUGCUAGUAAAUUUUCAGAAAUUUUUAAUUAUCAAGGAAAUAUAAAAACAAAUCUCUUAAUCAAAAUUCCUAAUGGAAAAUACAAAAAAUAUAUUUAA